CACGGCCGAUGUCGUACGCCCAAACGUAUACCUGGCAACCCUCAUGCAACGGGACCUGACCUCAGGCCGUUCAAGUUCAAUUGCAUUCUGCCAGCAUCCUCUUACCUUUCGUACGUUUAGACAAGAAAAUACGUGGGAACGGUAAGUACGUGUUGUAUGCUAGGGUCAAUUCUGAUUUAUAUAACAUGUGUCGUCAACUGUACACAACCGCUCAAUCUUUCUGCCUGGACCGUAGCUUCCGCCGCACUUCGGCAUCCUAGUUGUUCAAAAAUUCGGUCUCCACUUUUGUGUGUACUUCAACUUUCCUCUUUGGUGGAACCUAGAAAGUGUAAUAAGAGCGUCUGGAUACUGCUCACAUUGUACUGCUAUUUCAUACGCUUGUGUUCUGGACUGCGCCGGCUUCCAGCUUCCUUGUGGCGCAAUCGAUAUCAAGUAUCCAGCGCUUGAAUUUCACCGCAUUUCAAAAACAUAAUGAGCUUUCUCAAAAUUGUCCGCUUCCCGUUCUUUUGACGCUGGCGCUGAAUACCGCAAUAU